GCAGGUCACGUGAGAACAUGUGACGUCACCCGGACGCUGGAUCCUCUUGUUGAAGAACAUCUCUUCAAGAAGAGGCUGCACUUAGAGAAAAACAAACCAAAACAUCAAACAACUGUAGAUUCGUUUUUAACAGAACUAAAACGCCGGCGUCUCUUCCGGAAGAGCCAAAAUGACGGCAGCAGUGUUUUUUGGAUGCACUUUCAUCGCCUUCGGCCCAGCCGUCGCGCUGUUCCUGUUUACUAUCGCCCGGGAGCCGCUGAGGGUCAUUUUCCUCAUAGCAGGAGCGUUUUUCUGGUUGGUGUCCCUGCUGCUGGCCUCCCUGGUGUGGUUCAUCUCAGUUCAGAUCAGUAAUAAGGACAGUGCGUCGCAGCAGAAAGGUCUGCUCAUCUUUGGCGUGGUUCUGUCCGUCCUGCUGCAGGAGACCUUCCGCUUUGCUUACUACAAACUGCUGAAGAAAGCAAAUGAAGGACUCCUUGCUCUAAGUCAAGAGGAAACUAUGCCGAUAUCCGUACGACAGCUGGCCUACGUGUCUGGCCUCGGGUUCGGCUUCAUGAGUGGAGCGUUCUCUGUGGCGAACAUCCUGGCUGACUCAGUUGGACCCGGGACUGUGGGGAUCCAUGGAGACUCGCAGCAUUACUUCCUGUCUUCAGCCUUCAUGACGAUGGCCAUCAUCCUGCUGCACAUGUUCUGGGGAGUCGUGUUCUUUGAUGCCUGUGAGAAACAGCGGUGGUGGGCUGUCGCUGCUGUUGUCGUCAGUCACCUCCUUGUGUCCUGCCUGACCUUUCAGAACCCUGAGUAUGUUGCCAGCCUGGUUCCGACCUACGUCGUCUUGUUCCUGAUGGGAGUUUGGGCGUUUUACACGGCGGGCGGCUCCCUCCGCAACCUCAAACUCUGCCUCACCUGCAAAGACAAGGACUUCCUGCUGGCCAACCACCGACCCAGAUAACGCCGCGUGCUCGGCAGAAUAACAGGACUCUAUCCAAAGAUCACACACGCACACGAACACACGACAGGUUGUUAACCGGCUGUUUCAUUCUGCACAGGCUUAAAGAAAUGUGAACGAUGAUAACUCUGGGUUUUAUUUUAGCUGGAUGAAAUCAGAUUUCUCUCCUGGUGAUUUGAAAGAAACUUGCAUGGCAACACUCCUGACAUUCUUUAGAUAUGGAGUCUGGUGACUGACGGCUUCAUGUGCCGCCUGUGUAAAAGCUCUUUAAAUGUGGAUUAUGAAAACUUUUCUGUAUAUAAGUCUACAUUUUUUAAAUCUUGAUGAUAGUGAAAGCUUAGAGGCGUCAGAACACGGCACAAACAAACGGUGAACUCACUGCUGAUAUUUAUCUGUUUAACCUGGUUGUUUUCAAGUUCAGUGUCUCUCUUCAUCAUGGGAUUAGAAAAUCUUCAACCCAACACAAACAAAUUCAGAUUAACUUGCCUGUAAUUGUUGGUACUCAAACUCUGAUUAGCCGAACUAGAAACUAAACAACACUGAAGCAGUUUAAUUUCAGACCAACUGUUUGACCUUUUUAUGUUGAUUUCUGCACACGUGUUUGCGCAGUCAUUGAUGGUGCAUUUAGUGUUUUAACUUUGUCUACUGCAUCAGAAAUCACACUGAAUGUUUUCUUUGCACUUGGUUUUAGUUUGUAUGAAAGUGGAUGAUUAAAACCCAUGGGCUUGAACUUAAACAUGUAAGUUUUACUUUACAUUACAUUUCGUUCAGUCCCUAAAACAAACACGCCCUACAGUAAUAAAUCAGUUGUUGGUAUGUUUCAGAAAUGUGGUACCAGUUUGUUGAAUUUACUUUCUAUUGUUUACGCUGGCUGAAAAAAAGGACUGACUAAAACAACAUACAUAUCUGUCAGUGGACUGUAAACACAACAAUAAAUAACGAAAGAACCUGAA